AUGAGCGACAGUGACGAUAGCGAUUUCUUCGUGGAUGAUUCUCCUAAAAAGAAAGCUCCUCCCAAAAAACCGGCGGGGGAGAAGAAAGCUCCAGCAAAGCCGAAGGAGCCUAAAGAUAAGAAAGAUAAGAUAGCUGAUAUAUCAAUGACGAUGACAGAAGAAGAUAGGAAUGUGUUUACAAAUAUUGAUCAAGCUGCAACUAAGGGGAAGAAAUUGGCUAUCGAGGACAUCUAUCAGAAGAAGUCGCAACUUGAGCACAUCUUGCUCCGCCCGGAUACCUACAUUGGAUCUGUGGAAUAUACAGAGAAAACUUCGAUGUGGAUUUAUGACACCGAAAGUGAAAAACUCGUUCUGAAGGACAUUCAAUAUGUGCCAGGAUUGUACAAAAUUUUUGAUGAGAUUCUUGUAAAUGCAGCCGAUAACAAGCAGAGAGAUCCAAAGAUGAAUUGCAUCAAGAUCAACAUUGACAAAGAAAAGAACCAGGUUUCCAUUUUCAAUAAUGGCAAAGGAAUUCCUGUUGUACACCACAAAGUGGAAAACAUGUAUGUACCGGAAAUGAUUUUCGGAACCCUGUUGACGUCUUCCAAUUACGAUGACAGUGAAAGAAAGGUUACUGGUGGUCGUAAUGGAUACGGUGCGAAACUUUGUAACAUAUUCUCAACUGAAUUUACUCUCGAGACCUCAUCAAAGGAGUACGGGAAAGCCUUCAAGCAGACUUGGAUUAACAACAUGACCAAGGACAAGGAGCCUCAGAUUGUAAAGGCUACCAGUGACGACUACACAAAGAUCACGUUCAAACCGGAUCUGAAGAAGUUCAAAAUGUCGCAACUUGAUGAUGACAUCGUCGGGUUGAUGUCUCGUCGUGCUUACGAUAUUGCUGGUAGCACCAAGGGUGUAAAGGUGUUCCUUAAUGGUAAAGCCUUACCGGUCCAAGGUUUCAAACAGUACGUCGAACAAUACACGAAGGAUAUUACUGGACCUACUGGCGAACCAGCGAAAGUUGUUUACGAAUCGGUGAAUGAUCGAUGGGAAGUCGCUCUCACUGUUUCCGAGAAAGGUUUCCAACAAGUAUCUUUCGUCAAUAGUAUAGCGACUACGAAGGGUGGUCGCCAUGUUGACUACGUAGCAGAUCAGAUGGUGUCUAAAUUAAUUGAUGUCAUCAAAAAGAAAGUUGGCAAGAGUACCGUGAACGUCAAGCCAUUCCAAGUGAAAAAUCACAUGUGGGUGUUCGUGAAUUGCUUGAUAGAGAAUCCUACCUUCGACUCGCAAACAAAGGAGACGAUGACCCUGCAGUCGAAAUCUUUCGGAUCAAAGUGCGAGCUUAGUGAAAAGUUCACCAAGCAGGCAGUUACAUGUGGUGUUGUGGACGCCGUACUUGCUUGGGUGAGGUUCAAGCAGCAAGAAGACAUGAAUAAGAAAUGCAGUGGAAAGAAGGCUACGAAGCUCAAGGGUAUUCCAAAACUGGAGGACGCAAACGAUGCUGGUACUAAGAACUCACAACUAUGUACACUUAUCCUUACUGAGGGAGACUCAGCCAAAACGCUGGCUGUUUCUGGCCUCGGUGUGGUCGGUCGUGACCGUUACGGAGUAUUUCCUCUUCGCGGUAAACUGCUCAAUGUUCGUGAAGGAAAUAUCAAGCAGGUGGCCGAGAAUGUGGAGGUCAAUGCGCUCAUCAAGAUUCUUGGCUUGCAGUACAAGAAGAAAUACGAAACUGAAGAAGACUUCAAGUCACUGCGUUACGGGAAAGUGAUGGUUAUGGCUGAUCAGGAUCAAGAUGGUUCUCACAUCAAAGGGCUCGUAAUCAACUUCAUCCAUCACAAUUGGCCAAGUCUUAUUCAGCGUAACUUCGUCGAGGAAUUCAUCACUCCCAUCGUUAAGGCGACAAAGGGAAAAGAGGAACUAUCUUUCUUCUCAAUACCGGAGUACAAUGAGUGGAGAAAUAACACUGAGAACUGGAAAUCCUAUAAGAUCAAGUACUACAAAGGAUUGGGUGAGCAGUUUUCCAGAGUCAGUAAUUUGGAAGUGUGUCGUGGAAAUGAAGCUGGUGUAAUUAAGGUACUUCCACCUCGAAAGAGGCGAAGGAGUACUUUUCUGAUAUGGUUCCGUCAUCGUAUCAAGUUCAAAUAUGGAGGAGUUGAAGAUGAUAACGCGGUUGAUAUGGCAUUCUCCAAAAAGAAAAUAGAAGAACGGAAGGACUGGCUAACAAAGUGGAUGGCAGAAAAGAAAGAACGACGUGCAAGAGGCCUAGAAGAGGAGUACCUUUACAACAAGGAUACUCGUGCGGUUACGUUCAGUGACUUUGUCAAUAAGGUAUAUUCUCGACUUUUUUCCUGCGCUGUGAACUUAUCAAGUUUGCCAUUUAAGGAGUUAGUGUUGUUCUCAAAUACUGACAAUGAGCGCUCAAUUCCCAGUCUGGUUGAUGGCUUCAAACCUGGUCAACGAAAGGUCAUGUUUGCUUGCUUCAAGCGUGCUGAUAAGCGUGAGGUGAAAGUGGCGCAGUUGGCUGGUGCUGUAGGAGAGCUGUCGGCGUACCAUCAUGGUGAAAUGUCGUUGAUGGGCACAAUCAUCAACUUGGCGCAGGAUUUCGUUGGUUCAAACAACAUUAACCUGUUGUUGCCCAUCGGUCAGUUUGGUACUCGCCUUCAAGGAGGAAAGGACAGUGCAUCUCCUCGUUACAUUUUCACGCAACUCAACCCUGUCUCCCGUACAAUUUUCCCUGUGGUUGACGAUCACGUUCUGCGGUUCUUAUUUGAAGAAAAUCAACGUAUUGAACCAGAAUGGUAUUGUCCGAUUAUACCACUUGUACUUGUCAAUGGUGCAUCAGGUAACUUGGAACGUUUAAUUUUCGGAAUUUCUCAGGUAUUCGGUACUGGAUGGUCAACGUCCAUUCCGAACUAUAAUCCUCGAGAGAUCUGUGAGAACAUGCGCAAGCUCAUUCGAGGUGAACAGCCGAAGCCAUUGGCUCCAUGGUUCAAACACUUCCGAGGUACUAUCGAACAGCUGGAUUCUUCUCGGUAUGUAUGUUCUGGUGAGGUCGCUGUUCUCAGCGAUGACACCAUUGAAAUCACUGAGCUGCCCAUCAAGACGUGGACCCAAACGUAUAAGGAAACCGUGCUCGAGCCAAUGCUCGAGUCAAAUGACAAGAAACCGGCCAUGAUCAGCGAUUUCAAAGAGUAUCAUACCGAUGUGACGGUUCGAUUCGUCGUGAAGUUGCCUCAUGGGAAAUUGAGAGAGCUGGAAGCAGAGGGUCUGCACAAGGUGUUCAAAUUGCAGACCGUGCUGAACACUACCUCAAUGGAAACAGAAAUAUAUCGCAAGAAAAGCAUUUAUGGAGGGCAUGUUACGGGCGCAGUCCAAUCGGCUGAGCAACCAGGCUCGCUUCAUUUUGGCAAAAUCAAAGGCGAGAUUGUCAUGGAGAAUAAAAAGAAACAGAACAUUGUCGAGCAACUUAUCAAAAAAGGAUUUGACCCUGAUCCGGUAAAGAAAUGGAAGGAGCUCCAAAAGAAGAAAGAGUUGGAGGAGAGUGGUGAAUAUGACAUGGAAGAGGAGGAGGAAGAGAAUGAGGAGAGCGGUCAAGACAAGGAUCUCGAUACGAAACUGUCCGACUAUGAUUACCUUGUUGGCAUGGCUCUGAUCAAACUGUCGGAGGAAGAGAAAAAUAAGUUGCUCAAGGAGAGUGACGAUAAAAUGAAAGAACUACGCGAUUUGGAAUCGAAGUCUUGGGCCGAUCUCUGGAAUGCUGAUCUCGACACAUUCCUUGAGGCCUUGGACAAACAGGAAGCUAAGGAAAAGGCUGAUUUGGAGUCGAACAUCAAGAACGCCGCGAAGAAGUUCGCGAAGGAGGAGAAACCAAGCAAAGGAGCGAAGAGAACAGCAGCAUUUGCGGCGGAAGUGUUCCCUUCAAAGGACGGUAUCCGUAUCGAGCCAGGCAUCGACAAAUCACUGAAGGAAAAGUACGAUAAGAUAAAGGCGGCGGCGACGAGGGAGAAGAAACCGAAGGAGCCAAAGCCGCCUAAAGAACCUAAGAAACCGAAGGUUGAAGGCGAUGACAUUAAGAAAUUCCUCAAGAGCGAGAAAAAGAGUCCAAAGAAGAAGAGGACUGAUACAUGGGAUUCUGAUGUGAGCAGUUCCGAACUCAGUGGUGUCGAUGAUGCUGAAGAAAACACUUUGUUCGACGACGAUGAUGAUGUGGAGGAGGUCAUUCCAAAGAAAGAUCGUGCUUCCAGAGGACCGCCAAAGCGUUACACAGAAGAUGGUGAAGAGAUGACAAACGGAAAUGCUGCUGGUGAUGCUGGAAGUGACAUUGUGAUGUUAGACGACGAUAACGAAGCUUCGUCACCUGUGAAGUCCGAACCGGUCAAAAAGUCUGCUCCGAAGAAGAAGAAGAUUGUUGACAGUGACGAGAGUUUCAGCGACUCACCUCCAGCGAAGAAGUCAGCAACGCAGGCAAGUCCCGUUAAGAAACCACCAGCGAAGAAGAAGAAUCUUGCUGCUGGUGAUAUUAGCGAUACUGAGACGACAUCGAAGAGAAGCAAAAAGCAAAGAAGACGGCUGCACCACCUAAAAAGGAGAGAGCACCAGCAAAAGGCAAAGAAAGAAAAUGGUACGACUGACUCUCCCAAGAUGACAGACUUCUUUGGGAAAAAGAGCAAAAGCAAGAAGAAGGGUGAUGACUCAGAGUCAGAUGAUGAAGUUGUAAUAGAGGAUAAUUCACCACCUCCAGCUCCACGGCAGAUAAGUCGACGUCCUCGACCGGCUGCGAAAUAUAAUUAUGGUGGCACUGAUGAUGAGGACGAGGAUGAAGACUUUCCAGCUAGGAAAGAAGAAGAGGAGGGUAGUCGAUAG